UAUGGUUCCUGGAGGAGUCUCCAGUGUCUGGCUGUACUGCUGGUGGGAGAGUCAACCGGAGGGAAAGUGGAACGGGUCGGGCGGGGUUCCCGGAGGGGGGACUACACGAGAUAGGGGGCGCUGGUCGCGGCGCAUGGGAAAUUUAGGGUUCAGGGCUGAUACAGGGUGGCAUAAGGGCGCUGGAGACUGGGGCGCAGAGAUUAGCAGAGCAGUCAGGGGGCAGGGAUAGGCUGUGGCAGAGCUUACAUUACAUCAGUGAUACAUUGUUGCAGAGCUUGCAUUGCUGUGCAGAUCAGUGAUACGUUGUUGCAUUGCUGUGCAGAUCAGUGAUACGUUGUUGCAGAGCUUGCAUUGCAGAUCAGUGAUACGUUGUUGCAGAGCUUGCAUUGCAGAUCAGCGAUACAUUGUUGCAGAGCUUGCAUUGCUGUGCAGAUCAGUGAUACGUUGUUGCAGAGCUUGCAUUGCUGUGCAGAUCAGUGAUACGUUGUUGCAGAGCUUGCAUUGCAGAUCAGCGAUACAUUGUUGCAGAGCUUGCAUUGCUGUGCAGAUCAGUGAUACGUUGUUGCAGAGCUUGCAUUGCAGAUCAGUGAUACGUUGUUGCAGAGCUUGCAUUGCUGUGCAGAUCAGUGAUACGUUGUUGCAGAGCUUGCAUUGCAGAUCAGCGAUACAUUGUUGCAGAGCUUGCAUUGCUGUGCAGAUCAGUGAUACGUUGUUGCAUUGCUGUGCAGAUCAGUGAUACGUUGUUGCAGAGCUUGCAUUGCAUUGCAGAUCAGUGAUACGUUGUUGCAGAGCUUGCAUUGCAGAUCAGUGAUACAUUGUUGCAGAGCUUGCAUUGCUGUGCAGAUUAGUGAUACGUUGUUGCCGACCCUGCAUAGUUGGGUAUCCCACCUCUAGUUUAGGGGUUUGGAGGGGGUGCAGAGCCUCCCUUAGAGAGCAGAUUGGGGACAGCGACACCCCCCCCCCCCCCCCCCCAUCACCAGGCAGCGCAGGAUCGGCGGUCCCCGGGACGAUGUGGUUCAUCUACGCGCUCAGCUGGCUGUCCCUGCUCAUCCAGGUGGCCUUUGUCACUCUGGCCAUAGCUGCGGGCCUGUACUACCUGGCAGAGCUGAUAGAAGAGUACACGGUGGCCACCAGCAGGAUCAUAAAGUACAUGAUCUGGUUCUCCACGGCAGUGCUCAUCGGCCUCUACUUGUUUGAGAAGUUCCCCCUCGUUAUGAUCGGCGUGGGGCUCUUCACCAACGUCGUGUACUUUGGGCUGUUGCAGACGUUCCCUUUUAUUAUGCUGACAUCUCCGAACUUCAUCCUCUCCUGUGCUCUGGUGGUGCUCAAUCAUUACUUGGCUUUCCAGUACUUUGCAGAAGAAUACUACCCGUUCUCAGAGGUGCUCGCUUACUUCACCUUCUGCCUCUGGCUCGUUCCCUUCGCUUUCUUUGUGUCCUUGUCCGCUGGGGAGAACGUGCUGCCAUCCACAGUACAGCACGGAGAUGACGUGGUGUCCAACUACUUCACAAAGGGCAAGAGAGGAAAGCGCUCCGGAAUCCUCGUCAUCUUCUCCUUCAUUAAGGAGGCCAUCCUUCCCAGCCGACAGAAGAUGUACUGAGCUCAGGGUCGUGCCGCCAUGCUGAAUCACACGACGGAGACUGCGGACGGAGCAUUGUCUGUGGAUCUGAGCGGCGGGAUUGGGCGGAUAUAGGGCAUCAGACGGAGGCAGCCUGGCAUCUGCAGACGCUCAGCAGCUUUCUCUUGUUAGACCUGAACCCGGUGGAUGAACUUAUUAGAGACACUAUUACAAGGAGGACAACCAACACUUGUACGGAGGAAGACCUUCUAGAUGAUUUUUUGAAUACAUUAGUGCCAACAGGUGCCCCUCCCCCCAUUUUGAUGGUUUUAGCUCCACCCAUAUAUAUGUUUUCAGCAUGGUGUCUGACAGGACUGGCCAAUAUUGUGAAUUUUCUGCACUUUUACCAGUGCGGUUCCUGUGAAAUAAAAUCACUAUUUCUUACUAGUAAUGUUUUCCAUCGACCGUGGGGCAGGUACCCAAAGCGAGACAACCCACUAACGGGUUCUGGAUUAUCGGAGGGCCAUACGGUAUGGAAAACACCGAAGGGGAGAGCCGUGGCCCCCCAAAAAUAAAACUUUCAUAUUAUCUACUG